UGCAGGCUGCUGGCGUGGAUCAAUGUGUGACUUCCCUGACUGACAUGCUGGAUGUGUAACUCUCCCACAAAGACAAGUGCCACGGUCACGACCAUGGGAUCACGCGCCGGCACGCCACUUUACGCAUACGCCUGCGUCUAUUUAUUGGUCGCCACCCUCCAAGGGGCGCGAUGUCAGCGCCACCCCGGGACUAACAAGCCCAAAGCCGCCCAGCUCCGGCAGACUCUGCAGUGGUCGCACAACGGCAACGUCUUCAGCAUCCUGACGCAGGGCGCGGAGUACCAGCCGCCCAGGCGCCGGGGCGCGCCCCAGGAGCGCGUCCAGCCGCGCCCGCUCACCGUCAUCCACGACAACACCCGCCAGGAGCAGGACGAGUCACCUGCCGCUCCCGGGCCGGCCUCCGAGACGCUGCCGUCGGCGCUGCAGCGGCUGGUGCGCGGGCGAGAGCACCGCAAAGUCCAGGUGGAGGCGGAACAGAGCCGGCAGAUAAAUGACACCCGGGAGAAAGUCACCGUCAGCCCGCCUGUGCCCAGGGAGGACAUGAUGAUGGGCGACGACCCCUACGACCCGUCCAAGUCCAUAGACAGCGACAACCCGUACUACAACCACUAUGACGCGUACGAGAGGCCCAGGUCCAGGUCCAGACCCGGAUAUGGCACAAGGUACCAUCAGUACGGUCUUCCUGACCUGGUGCUUGACCCUUACUACAUUCAGACGGCCGCUUACGUCCAGAGCAUGUCGAUGUACAACCUGAGAUGUGCGGCCGAGGAGAACUGCCUGUCGAGCUCAGCCCACUCUGCCCGGGACUACGACAGCCGCAUGCUGCUGCGCUUCCCCCAGAGAGUGAAGAACCAGGGCACGGCCGACUUCCUCCCCACCAGGCCGCGCUACGCCUGGGAGUGGCACAGCUGUCACCAGCACUUUCACAGCAUGGAUGAGUUCAGCCGCUACGAGCUGCUGGACACGGCCACGCAUCACCCGGUGGCCGAGGGACACAAAGUCAGCUUCUGCCUAGAGGACACGUCCUGCGACUACGGCUACUACAGACGCUACGCCUGUACCUCGCACACACAGGGCCUGAGUCCGGGAUGUUACGACACCUACAACGCGGACAUCGACUGCCAGUGGAUCGACAUCACGGACGUCAAGCCGGGGAAUUACAUCCUCAAGGUCAGCGUCAACCCCUUCUACCAGGUGCCGGAGGAGGACUACAGCAACAACAACGUGCGCUGUGACGUGCGCUACACGGGGAACUACGCAUACCUCUCCGGUUGUCACGUGUCGACGUAUUAAUGGAGGAUGAUUGGCAGCUGUGUGACUGACGCUGAGGAGGACUGCAUAUGAAAGUCUUUACAAGUAGAAAUGUUUGCUUGGUUUAGACGUGACUAGAAUCUGACUGUUGUCUCUGCAUGCUGGGUUCCUUCUUGUGUGAAAGCCAUUGACUUGCCUUCCUCCGGUCUUUUAUUAUUUCCCUUUAAAGCAUCCCAAAUCAUAAAAAAGCUUUAAAAUUGUUUUGAAAUGUAAAAAAAAAAGAAACAUUUAGCCUUUUUAAAAUCACUGUCAAUGUGACAGUCUAGUGCACAGGUGUCAAACUCAAGGCCCGGGGGCCAAAUGUGGCCCACCACUUCAUUUUGUUUGGCCCUGGAAAUAAUAUUUAUCAAUAAAGUACUGUAACUUUUCUUACUAAAUGUAUUAUUUCUAUCUAUUUUGGGAGAAGAAAUACAUGUACUCCACUUAACCGCAAAUUAUGUUAACUUAAAUAUUGUCUAAUUAUGCCAAAAAUAUACUAUCCAACAUUCAAAGCAUGUUUUAAGUAGAAAUGAAUACUAAUAAUAAUGAUUUCAAAGCGAGUUAUCCAUCAAAUUGUGCAAUGUAAAAGUAGCAAUAGACUUCAUGGUCCAAUUGUGAAAUUUACAGUGUUUUUUACAGCAUUUUUCUCUAAGUGAAAAAAACAAUACUUUUUUUUUACUGUAAUAAACUGUGGUGCCGUUUGGCAUUUACAGUAAUACACCGAAAAAUCUACAGUUGUUGAGUUGCAGUAAAAAAAAACAAAAAAACUGGCAGCUGGGGUGCCAAAAUUUUACUGUAAAAUUGCAUUUUUUUGUAUUUACAGUAAAAGAACAAAUGUAAAAUAUACAAUAAAAUUCUGGCAACUGAGCUGCAUUUUUUUUUUUUAACCAUAAAAACAACAGUGCUGUUUUUCUAUUUACAGUAAUAUACUUGAGACGAAAUUAUUACAACUUUCCAUAUUUUUUUUUACAUUUUAGUUUAAAAAUAAUCUACUAAUAAAAUGCAUUAAAAAAAUGUGUAAUAGUAUUCACUGCCUCAGUGAAAACGACUUUGACACCUCUGGUCUAGUGAGUCUACUUGUUUAAGUGUUAUUUAGUAGUGGGUUUAGAAUGUGUUUUAGUAUGAAUCUUAUUUGGAAUAAAAGAUGGUGAAACUGUAUUAUUUGCAAGAAAU